UUGCCCUCGACCCUCGUCAGGCAGGCGUCCUAGACCUUGAAGCUGGAGCAGAAAACAACUAAGAAAAACACCAUCCCAUUAACGCGAAGAUACUGACCGACCGACCUCUACGACAUCUGACGACUACGACCUCAUCUGAAGGAAAGUCCAUUUUUGUCUCCUGAAAUCUGACAGAGCUAACGCGUUUGCUCUCUCACAUACGAACCGACAUACGCAUAAAAGACCACAUACAUACAUCAUCACCAUUACGAACGACAUCCACGGUAACGCGAAAUGACAUCGACAACAACAACAACGACCACGACGACGGCGCGCGGAUACACACACGCGCCGACGAUCCGCCUCGUCGCGCCCACCCCAGACGCGUCUGCGUACACCGACAUGUCCUCCUCCUUUUCUUCGUCCUCGGUCGGCCCCGCCCGCAAGAAGUCCCUGCAUGGGCUGUUCUCCGCCGCGACAGUCGCCCCCAGUACGGGUACUGGCGGGGACUUCAGCGACAUCGUGCGGCGCGUGGGCGCGUCGUCGUCCGGCCGGGGAUGGGAGGUGCAUGUCGACGCGAGCGAAGGCACGAUUCGGAGCGGUACGGCGCGUGCGGCGCAAGCUGCGAAUGAAGGCGAGGGGAUGGUGCUGCUCAAGAAGAAGGUGAAGGCGCGCGGCCGGGUCGAUGCGGUUUUCGGGGAUGUAACCAAUUUGACGCGACCUGCCUCGCCUGCUGUUGAGGGCAUCAAGGAGAAGGAGAAGGAGGGGAAAGAGAAGUGGUGGAAUCUUACUGCCCGUGGGCGCAAAGAUACUACCGUGAAGGAGGGCGGUGUGCUCAGCUUCGUUCGGAGGGGAAAAUCUCCAGGUCCAUCUCGUGCUUCCAGCCCGUUUUUGGAGCCUGCACCCCAGGCUCCUGUUUCUCAAAAUGCUUUCCAGAUGCAUUUGCCCGGAGAACCCGAUUGCACGGUGGAUAUGGUAGAAGUUCCCAGCUUACGCGGACACGGUGUCCAGAAAGAUCUGCCACCAACUCCCGUGUUUCCGACUGCCAAACGUUUCAAUUCGCUCGGAGCCUCAAGCUCACUUGCUCCUCAGCCACGUCCGGAUUACCAGCGUAGUGUCAGUGCUGGGAGUGCUGCACUGCUCGCCCAGGCCGCUGUGCCCCACCCACAAUAUGCACAUCUGCCGGGUGCGGCUGCCCCAUAUGCAACCAUGACUCGUGCUGCAGUCUACGAGGCGCCACCGCGCAGCGCUAGCGCGUUGGGCAUCUAUGACGCGGCGCCCCGCGAGAAAAAGUCAAGCGCGACCGCGGCUCUAGUCAGCAGCGGCAUUCUCCUCGGUGCACCGGCCCGGGCGCCGGCUCCGGGACUGCUCGCGGUGCCCAAAGAUAAAGACAAGGAGGGGUCGUUCGCACUACGAGCGAUGCGCAGCAUGGCGAAACUGGGAGGGAAAGACGGCGAGAAUGAUCUGCCGAAGAAGAAGUUGAAGGUCAAGGAGAAGAAGAAAGAAGACAAGAAAGUGAAGGAGGCCAAACGCGCUCCGAAGAGCUCUGGCAGCAGCUUCGAGAUCGGGCAACUCGGCACUUCGCCGGUCCAGCGCAAACGGAGUAUCCUUGGACUCGGACUUGGCAAGAGCGCGACUGUGUCGAAGAGUGCUGGGCUUGGAAUUGGCUUGGGACUGCCAAGUGCCCUGUCUCUCGGGCGCAGCACCAGCACUGGUGGCAAGGCCAGCACGGCCAGCAGUGUGUUUGUUCCACCAUCGACCAAUCCCAACCGCGUCAGUGCAGAAAGCCACCUGAGCGCUGAGAGCCGAGUCAGCGCAGACAGCCUGCAUCCAGAUGACGCUCAUCGGCGGGUGAGCACCAACUCGAGUGUGCGGCCGCUGAGUGUGCUGUCCAGCAGCAGCUCCGGCGGAUCCCGUGUCAGCUCUAGCUCGAGCAUCCGCUGGGCUGAAGAGGUCGUUGAUCGCGUGAAGAAGACUGCCGGGAAGCGCACUGGAUCUGUCCGCAGUCGGGACAGCCAACACUCUGCCGAAGGUCGCAAGCGUACGCCUUUGAGCGACGUGUUCCCCGGAAUGAGCUCCCGGAGAUCAUCUUCCAGUGCUGCCUCGAGCAUCGCGCCCCCGCCCCCCAUGUUGAUGGUCGAGGAGGCCACCACCGACGGGCAUGGACACGGGGACGACGAUGAAGAGCUGGACGAUAGCGCGUCAGAGAAUGAUUUCGAGAUUGUGUCUGCGACCCCGGUCAAACGUGCGAUCAGACCUAUCUCUGAUGAGAUGCUGCUUGGCCAGACAAAGCAUCGCACGAGAGCCGUGUCGACCGACCCCGAUGGUAGCGCGCUGACGUUACUGGACGCUGCGAGCAACGACCUGGCCCAGCUGCUGACCACGAUGCAGCUGGACUCGACCCCAUCCCCCGCGCGCAGCAUGAUGUCUCCCCCCAAAGAAUGGCAGGAGAGUCCAGUCAAGGCCAAGGGUCUGCGCGCCAGCGAAGGAUCGGUUUCUUCCCUGCGGCCCUACGGUGCUCGGUUGGGCCAGCAGAUUGCGCCAUGGCCUAAGGAAGCUACGCCGCCCUCUGUUGGCAAGAAGAUUUCCCCUGCAUCGUUCCGGCGGACCCAUCGACGCACCGAGACCCCGCCGUCCCCUGAACGCGAUCCCGGACCCAUUUUGCAGCCGCUUCGGAUCAGGCCGUCUCGGAUCAACGUAUUCCCCGCAAAACCCGUUUCCGUGAUCUCGUCGGCUUCCUCUGACGAUGAGCUUCGGGCUGAGAUCGAGGCCCGAGCACCGUCUGCGCUGACUUUCGGAUCUCGCUCAUCGUCGAGCUCGCUUGAAAUGGUUCAGAGACUGCCCACGGUCUUUCAUCGUGGACAUGUGCGUAAUCGAUCCUCGCUGCUCUCGGAUACCGCGCCCCCCGCAGGAAUGCCUUUGGCGAGAGAAACCAGGCGCGUCCUCGGUAUGACUGGCACAAUGGGCGGGUCCGAUGUCUCUGGGUACACCGAUGCGGAUGCUGAGGAUCCAGACUCGGAUAUUCCUGGCGAGCUGCAGGUUCUGUUGUCUAGUUCGCCAAUCGAAGAGACCAUGACUCUGCCAUCACCCGGACUGCCCCCGACAUUGCCCUUGCCUGCAUCCCCGAUCAUUCCAUCGUUCAACGUCGAGCUUGUCGAUGACAACGAAGACGAAGACACUAAGCAAUCCUUCGACUUUACGGGCGAGCUGCAGAAGUUGAACGAAUCCGGCGGGUCGGAUCGAUUGAGCUUUGUCGAGCAGCUGGAGAAUGCGUUCAAGACUCCGGCCAAAGUCGACCUGCGCGGGCUUUUGACAAUGCCGUCCCCUCCGCCGCCGGUCCCGCCGUUGCCGGUCGUGCAACCGGUGGCUACCGAGGAGGAUGCUUGCAUGGAUCUCGACCAGUACCCGUCGCCGAUUGUCGAGCUUGGGGAGCCGACUGUCCUCCAAGGCUCGGACAGCCUCGCCAGCGACGACAGCCUGUUCGUCCCGUUGCAAAUCUCCUUUGGGGGUGACAUCGAGCAGGAGAUGACGCUGUCGGACAUCAUCCCGCCCCCUGCUCACGUCGAGAGCCACUCGCUGUCAGCGUUCAUGGAAGAGGAGGAGUCUGUGCUCAAGUCGAUUCUCGCCCACGCUGCUGAAAUCUCUCCGGCCAAGUCGGUCGCAAACCGCUUCUCGAUGAUGACCAUGUCGCGUCCGCCUUCGGGUGUGAGUUUCACUGGACUGGACUCGUUUGAGGAGGUGCGACGUGGAUUCGAGGGUCAUGCGAACCGGCCCGCGUUUUUCCCUCCGCCCGCAGCUUCGUCGUCCUUCGCCGCCAACCGGCGUCACCUCAAGCAAGACUCGGUGUUCAGCAUUGCCUCUGUUUCGUCGUACGGCCACGUGACUAAUCCGGGUGUGCAUGAUCCAUUCGACUAUGGGCUGGCGAUGCCCAGUCUGCGGGAACGGCCGUCGUCGGAGGAUCUGAGCGUGUCAAUGAGCAUCAACGUCGACGACACGUUCUCGUUCUUGGACAGAGGGCACCGCCGCAAACGCGUCGCGAGCGAUGCGUCGAGUUUCUACUUCCCGGUCCCGGCAGCGCAAGCUCGGCCGUACGGACACCGGCGGCGAGAGUCCAACCUGAGCGUGUCGUCGCAGCAGGGUGGGCCGCCAGUGAGCUUCUACAACUACAACCGGACGCAUCAGCGCAUGAUGAGCGACAACGACACCAGCACGAGCGGCAGCUCGCUCGCUCACCACUAUGCUGUGAACGGCGCCAACGGCGGGCGGGCUGCCUGGGCUCGGCACCGGCCUGAUCCGUCGGUCGACUCGGUCAUGAGCGACUACUCUGUCUCGCGAUUGGGCCGACCUGGCGUCGGGGACAAAAUGUUCGAGCAGCAGAUGGAGUUCUCGUCCAGUGCGCUUGAGCCGAUCUCGGCGUCGCCCCGGUCCGGAUCGUUUGUGUUCGACUCGAUUAUGGACGGUGGACGGCAGUCUAUCGAGGAGGAGGAUUCGCUCUUUGACAAGACUGGGCGGCGGACGUCUAUCUCGGAAGACUCGGUUUUUGGGUAUGAUGAUCGCCACCCGCCGAACGGGCAUUUGCUGCCCCCGCAUCAAUUCCGUCCGCUUUCGCUGUACAGUCUGCACAAUGGCGGCGACAAGAGCCCGAGAGACGAUGACACCAUGAUCACUAUGCUGGGUGGAGGCCAUGCCCGCCGCAGCUCGAUUGGGUCCGCGUUCGAAGCGAGUCCGUGCGUGCGGGUCGAGAAACGCAAGCACGCAGAGGCGAUCGGGCCGAACAAGGCCCGGAUUAUCUCGCAGCCGUCGAUUUCAUCGACCAAGUUUGGCGACGAGCGGAUGAUCAGGGCCCAGCAAGGCUUGCUUGUGCGACAGAGCCUGGAGGAAAAUGCGUUGAUUGCCAGUGGAGAGGACAACUCACUCGUGUAUUCGACUGUUCCGGUGUUCACACGCCCGAGCCCUGGCUCGCGGUCUCGCUCGUCGACGAUCACGACGGCGUCAUCGAGUUCUGGGGCGGAGACACCGCCCCUGUCCUCUGCGUCGCUCUCCGACGACGGGGGGGCACCGCCGCCGCGUUUCGAUGGCGCAAUCACGUGCCUCUGUUACGAGACUAUCGAGGAGGAGUGGGCUGCGAGUCCGGCGCCGACGAGCAGCCCGACUGCGAACUUGGGUGUGGCUGUGGUUGAUUCAGACACGGCGACAUUUGAGUUUGAGGAGGGGAUGACUACGACGUGGGAUGAUGAGCGGGGGAUUGUGGCGCUGCGCAAGUACGAUGCGCUGCGGCACGAGGCGGAGGUUGAGGUGAUUGAGAGCAAGCGGGUUUGGAGUGACACUCCGUUUUCUGUGUUUGCGUUGCAGUCCUUCCGACCUCCGAAGAGCGCGCACUCGAUGCAGGCUCUGCUGCAGCACUCGGUCCAGACCUACGGGCCGCUGCCAUCCGAGCUUGGACCGCGGCGGGUGAGAUCGCGGACGCAGUCCCGGGCGUCGCCGUAUCACGUCCCGAUGUCGCCUGAGAUCAAGACGGGCAGCAUCAGCGCGCGGCCGACGCCGGAAGAACUGAACCGCGGGUUUGCGCUGCAGGCCGUGGAGAUGAACGUGGCCUCCUCGCCGCUGACUGCUGCUGCGCUCAAGAAGCCGGCUGCGCGACCGCGCGUGGCGUCUGCGGCGCGGCGGUCUGCGCUGGGCUGGGCGAAGCGGUCGACGGAGCAGAAGGAGAACGCGGUGGCGAAUACGAGCUCGGGGAGCGCGAUGUCGUUCUUGACGAGCCCGAACUUGAACGAGUCGCUGCGCCUGAGCCGGCCGCGUCCCAAGGGCCGCCCGAUGUCUGCGCGGCCUGGAAACACGCCUGCCUCCCGGAGAGUCAAUGUGAUCUGAAUGAAACCGCGACCAUCCCAUCCCAUUCCAUCCCGCCUAUGCUCCACUCGAUAUAUGCUUGAAGAACUUACCGACCUCUAUGCUCACGACGUUGACGUCUGUCCUGCUCUGUUUCACGACUAUCUAUCUAUCCUGUCGCUGCUAUGUCCCUGCUUUGUGUACUUUUGCUUUCUUGCUUUCGUGCUUUCCGCGGUACAUAUUAGCGGCGGCGGGUCGAUUUACUUAUCUAUCUUCUUACGCACACGACCUGACCCCUGAAAUUUCGACGACUUACGAUGUACUACCACUUACCGCUACUUUGAUGAUGUGAUUGAUGAUGAUGUUGUACGCCCGAUACAUACGCGUUUCUCAAAUAGGAUCCCCUUUUCAUGAAUUCUGUCCAUGCUUUGAGGUGGGGCGUGUUGAGCGUUCCUUGUAAG